AACCCAACCAACCGCAUCGUCGUCACUUCACCCCACCAAGCCGCAACCCCACCACCACCGCCACCACCACCACCACCACUACCACCUACGACCUCCCACUACCGCCCACGAAUACAUAGCCAUGCUCCCCCUCCGCUUCGCCGCCCGCCGGGCCUUCUCCACCAGCCCCACGCUCAAGAACGCCGCCAUCCCCGUCGCUCCCGCCAAACGGCCGGUGGGCGCAUUCCGCGGCGGGAUCUUUGGGUUCCUUCUUGGCUCCACCGUCGCCGGCGUGGGAAGCUACUUCUAUGUCUACGAGGAGUACAAACUGGCGAACGAUCUGUUGACGGAGGAUAUCGAUGCGCUGAGAUCCUCGAUCGGACGCAUGGAGCUGCAUCUUAGGGCCCUGGAGGAGGUGGUUGCCGAUAACGCCGCGAAGGAAAAGAAGGGCAGGAAAUAGGCUGCGGCUAUAUCUUAUAGAGGAAAUGGGGGGAAGGGGAGGGGAGAGGUUGAAUCGAUCAAAUAAGACUAUGAGAUGAGGAAUGAGAGAGCUUCUCGGUUGUAGGAUGUGUACGGGGGGAGG